GAUUGGGAGGCGUUGCGUUCACCGCUGCUCGGUUUUUUUGUUUGUUUGUUUGUUUAUUUUUACGAACCUUGCACCCGGGAGGCUCCGGGGGGGGGAGGUUUUAUCUGGCCGCGGCGGAGCCUUGCCUCCUCCCGCGGCCUCCGCUUCGCAAUGCCUCGGUAUUGCGCUGCUACCUGUUGCCGGAACCGAGCGGGGCAGAGCGCCCGGGACCAGCGGAAGCUCAGCUUCUACCCCAGAUUUCCUCUUCAUGAUAAAGAAAGAUUAGAGAAAUGGUUACGGAAUAUGAAACGUGACACUUGGACUCCCAGCAAGCACCAGGUUCUCUGCAGUGACCAUUUUACACCAGAUUCUCUUGAUGUACGAUGGGGCAUUCGAUAUUUGAAAACGACAGCAGUGCCGACUAUUUUUUCAUCAUCCGUUAAUCAGGAAAAAGGAUUUUCCCAGAAAAGAAAACAAGAGAAAAUAGAUGUCAAACAAAGGGAUAUGGGUGUAGCAACUGCAUCUCUUAAACUUGCUUCACCAAAGAAAAAUAUCAUUGAAGAAAGCCUAUAUAGAAAAGCACUUUGUACAACUUUAAACAAGUCUCCAGAAAAGAAAGGACUGCUUAAGAACACAGUAAAAGUUGCAGAUGACGUUUCCUGUCUAAUUAAGUCUGUUACACAGAAUACGGAGCAGACCAGCCCAGUCUUAAUGCCAGCUGAUGUGCAGAAUUCAGCAGCCCACGAUUACAGCUCCCCAGAAAAUUGUAGUUUUAAUAACUCUAUAGAUAACAUCUUCAGUAGCACAACCACAAUUUUGCAAACUUCAGUUCAUGAUCUUCAUUCAUGUCUUGAGCGCCUUUCAGAUUCCAAAGUCACAGUUCCACAGUCACAUAUUGAACACUUGGGUUCAUCUCCAGAAUUAAACAAUAUCACUCUACCAAUUAAUGACCUUCCAUCUGAUCAACUGGACUUUCCCAUUGCAAGCUGUUCAGUGGAAUUGCAAGAAACUGAUGAAAACACUGUGUUGCUCCACACUGUUUCACAAGCUUUAGAACAGUUGAAUGGUAAUAAAGAUUCUGUUAUCACCAUUAUAGUUCCUUCUGAGGGUUCAAGAACUCCCUUACUGUUAGAGGGUUCAUUUCUACCAGAAGAACAGGAAUUAAUAAACAUAGAAUCGGAAACAUCUGCAUGUAUUGCCAGUUACAGUGGAAUUGAUGUUCUGCAGACUGAGCAUUCAUAUUGUAGGCAAGACUCUGACAGGGAACAACUCUGGCAGAAAAUUGCAAAGCUUCACUCCAAAAUAGCCCUUUUAGAAAUCCAGGAGAGGAAAACCUUAAGCAGGCUCAAAUCCUUAGAAGCACUUAUCGCAAAACUGAAGCAGGAAAAUCUGCUCUCUGAAGAAAAACUCAAGAUUGUAGAAAACUGUUUCACAACAUUUGAAGUUACUAUGAUACAAUAAAGGUUUUGCACUGAUUGUUUCAUCUGAUUACUACUUUGUACUUCGAAGAUGAUUGAUUCCUUCAUUCAUUUUUAAGGGUACUAUUUAAUAGCAUUUAUUAAAUGCUCAAGUUUCUUAAAGGUGCAACAGACGGGCUAUUCAUAAAGGAGAACCCUUGUAUUUUAUUUCAUGAUUGCACUGAAGUAAGUUGUUUGAUGUGGCUUAAUCAAAGAGUUAGGCUUCACUCGAGCCCCAUUAACUUAAAAGUUGCAGCUUCUUUGGUCUACUCGGUACUAAAUGUAUUCCAUGGGAGGUGCACAUAGAAUUGCAGCCUACAUUAAGAUUCAAUAGAUCUUGGUUUCCACUUACUGUGUUUAGCAGAGAGGGUCAGAUUGAGUUGUCUAUGGAAAUAAAAGGGAUUUUAUUGAAAUAAGAUGGGUUAGGCUCAAGACCAUAGUGUUUUUCUUUGAAAUAUGAGCGAAAUACCCAGUACCUGGGGGGGGGGGGAUAGAUCCAGUGGUUUAACUGAAUUGUUGAUUAAACCACUGUGAUUUCUAAUAUCUUCCUAACACAGUGUUUCCAUUACUUCCUCUUUCUUUUCAGUUGGAUAAAUUGCCCAUGCAAGGUGGUAAUUAAUUAGUCUCCUACCAGAUUCUGGAAAAGGAGAUACUCUGUAGAGAUACUUUGCCACUGAAUUACAGUUGACUCUACAUUUGUUUCUUAUUCAACACCGGGAUGCAUAAGCAGCCUGAAUACUGAGGGAAUGGCUUUUAUGAGCCCCCCCAUCCCCCAAUAUGCUAUAGGCUACCCCAUCUCUUUGAUAGGGAUAUGGUCCCUUUCAAGAUGCAUCAGUAUUAUCCAUGAUCAUAAGUUUUUUGUUGCACAAUUGGCUUUAACAUACAAUGCUCCCAGACCUUUGUGAGAUGAGCUGCAAUUGGAGAAGUGGGAAUAAGGAAGCAGGAAGGGAUAAAAAAUGAAGAAAGAGCAAGCUUCCAAAUUAUAUCAUGACGCGACGACCCUAUGGUGAUUAAAAGAAUGGAUGGAAGUGAAAAAUGGUGAAGUUUUGGAUCUAGAAGGUGCUGGGCUGGGACAUGGUUGGCAUUUAUAUUUAUUGAAAGAUAAAAUUGAAAAAUAUAACUGGUUUUGGAAUAAUAUCAUAAUAAAAUCAGUGUAUAAGAUAUGGAAAAAAUAUCAAUGUAUAUUGGAGCCAAAAGUGCUUUGGUGGGUAUCACCAAAAGAAAUUGAAGCAGUAAGAAAAAAUAAUAUGGAGGAUAAUUGGCCAACUUAUAAAGAUUUGCUUGAAGAAGUGAAUGGGAAUUGGAAGCUAAAAGAAUAUAAUGAAGUUAAAAAAUACUGCAACGAGUGGCUGCAGUAUUUCCAAAUUAAUGAACGGUUUAAAAAAGAUAAUGAAAUCGGAUUUGAAAAAGAAAUGCCAAAAUUUGGGAAAAUUAUAUUAGAAGGGAAAGGGAAAUAUAUACAAAAAUUGUAUGAUUUGCUAUUGGAUUGGGAGACAAAAGAUUAAUUGACGACAGAAGUUAUGAUCAAAUGGGCACAGGAUUUAGGGGGAAAUAUUUUGUAUGAAAAUUGGGGAAAAUUUUGGAAAAGAGAUUUAAAGUAUAUUAUAAAUUAUGAUCUAAAAGAAAAUGUCUACAAAAUGCAGUAUAGAUGGUACCUUAUCCCGACGAGAUUGGCAAAAAUAUACAAAAGUAAUGGUAAUAUCUGCUGGAGAUGCAAAGAAGAAAUAGGUACGUUUAUGCAUAUAUGGUGGAAUUGUAAAAAAAAUAAAAAUAUUGGGAAGAAAUUUAUAAAGAGUUAAAAAAGGUAACAAAGCAUUCAUUCAAGAAAGAACCGAAAAUAUUCCUUUUGGGAAUGACGAGUGAAGAAAUCAAAACAAAAGAUAUUUUAAUUGCUAAGAAUUGGAAAAGUGAUAUAAUUCCAAGUAAAGAAGAUUGGCUAUCAAAAUUAAUUAUAUAUAAAAAUUUGGCAACAAAAGAAGGAGUCCCAAAAAGUCUAGGCAAAGAAAAGGUAGAAAAGGAGUGGGAACCAUUUAACCAAUAUUUAAGAAAGCAGGUUGAAAAAGCAGGUUGAAAAAUCUUAUAGCAGAUUUAUGAAGGGUGCAGAAACAAAGAAAAGAAAGGAAAAAGACAGAAAAGAGUGUGCAGAAAAGUAAAGGAAGUAAAAUCAGUUUAUAGGAAAGGCUGGAAGUCAUAGGGGGUGGAGCGGGGAGGAAAAAGGGGUUAUGUUUAUUUUUGUUUAAGUUUUAAGUUUCAUGUUUAGUUUGGUUUAAGUUUACGUUAUUGUAUGCUGCUUAUGUUAUUGUUUGAGUUCAAGUUUAUGUUUAUGUUACAUUAUGUUACAUUAUGUUAUUGGUGUAAUAUGAUUUGAAGGUGGUGGGUUAUGAUUUUGUUUCUUAUGAUUUCUAUGAUUUAUUUAUGAUUUUGUUUUGUAUGAUAUUUUUAAAGGAAAAUAAAUAAAGUCUUUUUAAAUUAAAAAAAAGGAAAGGAAAGGUGAUAGGCAAGGCAGGAAGUGCAAGGAAACGGGAACCCAAAUUCAAAGGGAGAGCUAAUGGAGUUUCCGGCCACAAUAGGGAGCUGGUUCCUUCCAGAAAAGAGUCGGAUGAAUUAUGGGGCAUGAUCAAGAAGAUCCACAUGCACCUCUAUACAGAUGGAGAAUAUCCAGCUAAGAUGCUUUUUAUUUGGCCCAUCAAUCUAGCUACAGGCAUGCCUAUACAACUGGAUUUUGACUGAACACCUAAAUAUUGAUACGAUAUGAAUUCUAAUUCCAUAAAUUGGCAUUUUUCACAAGUUACCGCCAGGUGGAUGAAGCCUGUGCCAAAAUUUGUAUAAAUGAAUAGGGAACAGUAAGUGGUGUGAGUUUUGGAUUACACAAAACCAGGCACGCUUCCAGUUUUUAUUUUAUUGCGUUCAUGAAUUGCUUCACAUAAAAUAUUCCAAAGCAAUUUCACAGCAAAAACAAACAAUUUAAAGAUGCAGUGUGGGAAGUUUUGUUUUCUGUGCAAUGCACAUUAUUAGCCUGAUACCCUGAGACCGACACUUAGGAGUAAGGGAAAUGAGCCAGUUGCUGGCUUAAAAUUAUAGUUUGGACAGUUGAAAUGAUUGGCACAUCUAAUGAUCAUUUAUUGUUAGAUAAAAGAGCACAGUGGAUGUGAAGGUUAGUGCCAUUCUAGAUGGUAUGAAACGUAAGUACUGAUUAUCCAGCUCUUACUAGGACUACAUAAUGGUUUGACGUAUAAAUGAGGUAAUCAACUCAAGUCUUAAUCGAGCAAGCUUAUGUUUGCCUUAGCCUGAUGAACUUUUGAUCCACAGGAAUAUAGGUAAUAAUCUCUACACCUGAAUAAUUGCCUUUGAAAGUAAUACCUUCUCUAAUCAGCUAUAUUAUUUUAAGAACAAAGAAGCUUAUUUGUAAUAUAGCUGUUC